ACUCGAGUAGAGUAUCGCGCCAAGUACAUUCAAAAGAAAAAGAGCGCGCGGACUACCGACUAUGUAUACCGCUAGGAGAUAGGAAAAGCGCUGUAGGGCCGACUGUUUUAUUAGGUAUUCUCGUAAAUCAUUAGCUUUCUGGCAAAUUUGGAUACACUUUCGCGAUAUAAUUCGGAGUGAAACUUUCAUUUGAGCCUGAAUUCAACGGAAUUGGUGGUCGGAGAGUUUAGAUCUGAUAAUCUUCGAUCACCGGCAGACUCAUUUCACCAGAUUCACCAUCGUCGUCAUCAUCGUACGUACGUAUGUUACGUCGUACGUCACUUCAAACCGUGUAGUGAACUCAAGUGUACCUAAUAAUACUGAUUUCUGAAUCUUGUCAUAAUUAACCAAAGGAUCCCGCUUCAUGUACGUACGUACCCAUAUAACGCCGACAAAUUGAACGCAUUAAAAAAGCGUACGUAUGUAAUCCAUCCUGUAUCGCGCAAGCUAUCUAUAUUAUCUCUUUUGUCUUGAUGAAAUGAUUGUUGUCAGAUAUUAGCUUUGCAAGCAUCACAGACAAUAAUGGUGUUGGUCAGCCAACACUGAUGAAACACUACUUACACAGAUUUCUAUGUACUGUUGCUAAUCAUCAAAUCAAAUACGAAAUUUUAUCGUUCAUUGACUCUGUAUUUAUACUCAUCAAAGAUGCUUCCGCCAACUUAUGUCGAGGGUUUCCAUGACCUGGAUGCGGUCAAGAGUAUGGAAUAUAGACCCUUGGGAAGUACUGGCAUGGUGGUCAGCAAAUUAUCUUUUGGUGGCGGCGCACUCGGAACUCAUUAUGGGUCAUUUGAUGAUGCUGAAGCUAUAAGGGCAAUCAGAGAAGCCAUCAAAAUGGGUAUCAAUUUUAUAGACACAGCACCAUGGUAUGGUCAGGGAAAAUCAGAGACAUUAAUUGGUCAAGCAGUGAAAGGGAUUCCGAGGCAAGCGUAUUACCUCGCGACUAAAGUCGGAAGAUAUGAGCCGGAUUUCAAACACAUGUUCAAUUUCUCUGCAGAAGCAACUAGAAAGAGUUUGAAAAAAAGUCUGGAACUACUUGGGGUUGAUUAUGUAGACGUCAUUCAGGUACAUGACAUUGAAUUUGCACCGUCACUAGACAUUAUUUUGUCCCAAACCUUACCAGAACUCUCCAAGCAAGUUGUGAAUGGAAAGGCGAAGCACAUCGGUGUCACUGGCUACCCAGUUUCAAAACUGAAGGAGUUUAUUGAAAAAAGCGAUAUUAAUGUUCAGACGAUAUUAAGCUAUGCCAGAUUGACGCUCAUUGACGAUACUCUUCCAAACUACAUACCUUUUUUUAAGAAACAGGGUAUAGGAAUUAUUAACGCUGCAGUUACAGCCAUGGGUUUACUGACUAACAGUGGUCCACCUUUAUGGCAUCCAGCCGACGCAAACAUCAAAGAACUAUGUUUGCAGGUCACAACAUAUUGCAAGGAGCGCGAUGUUCAAUUGGGUAAGCUCGCUGUGUGGUAUUCUAUGCAGUUCGAUGACGUUGCCACAAACUUAAUAGGAAUGCAAAGCAUUGAAAUGCUGAACACUAAUCUUGAUGUUAUGCUAAAUGGCAUCACACAAAGUGAAAAGCAAGUACUGUCUGAAAUAGAGGAGAAAUACUUUUCCAAGUUGGGCAAAAACCAUUGGGAAGGAAUGGAGCUUGAAGUUUACUGGAAAGCACUGAACGCUCUAGCAAUGGCAGUCGAGUGCGAGCCUUGGGGAUCUGUCAAUGGACAAGUGGUAGAAAAAUUCACGAUGAAAAAUGCACAUGGCUUAGAAGUUGAUGUUCUUUCAUACGGGGCAACAAUACAAGCUAUUAGAACGCCUGACAAACAUGGAAACAUUGCUGACGUCGUUCUUGGCUUCGACAAUAUAGAAGGUUAUCUGGGUACAGACAAUCCUUACUUUGGAGCAACUGUGGGCCGAGUUGCUAAUCGUGUCAGUGGAGCCAGUUUCAUCCUCGAUGGAGUUCCUUAUACUUUGGCUAAAAAUAUCCCUGGACAUAGUCUCCAUGGAGGGUUGGUAGGCUGGGACAAAAAAAUUUGGAAUACCGCGAUUCAGGAUGAUGCUGUGUGGAUGACACUGCUCAGUCCUGAUAGAGAGGAAGGUUACCCUGGUGCUGUAAUUGCCACCAUCAAAUUCAGCAUCACUGACGAUGGGAAAUUGAUCAUUAAGAUGUCCGCCGUUUCUACAAAAGCCACUCCGAUUAAUUUAACCAAUCAUAGCUAUUUCAACUUAUUUGGACAUGAUGGCAAUGCAACCGAAUUAUACAAACAUGAGAUAACAAUAAAUGCAAACCGUUGGACUGUGACGGAUGCUGAUAGUAUUCCGACGGGUGAAAUCAGACCGGUUGCUAACAGCAUAAUGGAUCUUAGAGUUGCCAAGCAACUGGGUCAAGUUCUUCCUAAGGUCCCUAGCGGAGGAUAUGAUUUUAAUUUUUGUAUCCCAGAAGAUCAUGGACCAAAAGGAGAAAGAUUUGUAGCCAGAGUACUGCACCCUGACUCAGGAAGAUAUUUGGAGGUGCAUUCCAACCAACCAGGCGUGCAAUUAUAUACUAGUAAUUUUCUACCGGAUAUAACCACUCAGGGUAUACUUGGAAAAGACCAGCAGAAGUAUUUUAAGCAUGGAGCAUUAUGUUUGGAAACUCAAAAUUAUCCAGAUGCUGUAAACCAUGCAAAUUUUCCAAAUAGCAUUUUGAGGCCUGGUCAAACAUACGAGCACAUUGUGAUUUACAAGUUUGGUGUGCAAAACCAAUAACUAUACCCAAAAUAUAUUCAAAUUUGAUAUAUAUCGGAAGUUCCUCUGAAACCGUUUGAUUAUAUUGCAAUAUGGAGAACUUCAUAUAAUGGUAGUAAAUAUGUAAUUGUCUGUAAUUGCAGGCUACUCAACAGGGUGCUUCAAAGAACUUUUCUCCUAGACAAACUCAAAAGUUUCGUUUUAGUCUAAAAAAAACGCCUGUUCAAAUCUUAUGGUUAAUAUUUUCAUAUCUACAUGUCCGUCGUGAUUAACAUGGAAAAAAUGUUAUUCGUCGCUUUUGAAUUUUAUCACUCGCUAAUAAAUUAGUGUCCAGACAUAACCGACAGAUAUUUUCGUAGGGAAUUAAACGCUCUACAACAAAGGUCUGGAAUCGUUUUUUAAUAAGUCUACAAGUUUGAAAGUUAUUCAAGGUCAAAAUUGCAUUCACGGUAAAUUUCAUGAUUUUUGGACUCUGUGUUCAGAUUUUAACAGGCUUUUUUUUAUAAUUGAACAAAACUUUUGAGCUUGAUUUGAAACAGAAAAGUUUUUUCUGAAACACCCUACUGCUCACAAACAAAUCUAUCGCUAUAAUUGUCAUUCAUCAUCUGGAAAGAACAAUUACUUGCGUCCGAACAUAUGUAUUAUAGGUGUGGAAUCAUACAGCGAAUGAAAAAUCGUCCCCUUUCUGCGUUUACCAUGUAACUGCAAAAAUUCAAUUUUACAGAAUACAAGAAAAACAUAUAUUAUCACAAAAAUCUUGCUCAAAGCUUGGAAAAUUUAAAAAUCGUCAGAACCUUAAAGUAGACAUUUGGUUUUUGUACAUAGUGCUUACAAUGCAUGUAGAUACCAAAAAAAAUGAUGCGACUUUUAAAAAAUUUCUGUUUGCGAUAUUGAUGUUUGGGAUUGAGUUUUGCUAUACAAAAGUACUUUAAAGGAUUUCUAGCCAAUAAUCUCAAUUUUGAAAAAGAUGUAGAUACGAGGUUCACGCAGAAAGGGGACAAAAUAUUGCUGAUAAUAUGACCUGAAUAAAUCUUUAUUUUCUACCAAAA